AUGUUCCAUCCAUCUCUAGCACUACACCCACCUAUGCUCCACCAUCCCCGCUUCCCAUCCCUCAUCACCCGCCUCACCACCACCACCACAACCAAAAAAAUGACCACCUGGUCCCCAACCCAAUACCUCAAAUUCGCCUCGGAGCGAAACACCCCCGCCCAAGACCUCCUCAACCACAUCCCCUCCCAUUCCCCCACCACAAUCAUCGACCUAGGCUGCGGCCCCGGCAACUCCACCGCCAUCCUCGCAACCCGGUACCCAACGGCCAACAUCACCGGGAUCGAUUCCUCGCCCGACAUGAUCAAACAAGCCAAAACCACCACUCUCAACACAGCUGAGAACAUCACCUUCACCCUCGGCUCCGUGGAAUCCUACACCCCGGACCCCUCCACCCCAGUGGACAUCUACUUCUCCAACGCAGUCCUCCAAUGGCUUCCGCGCGGUGAACGCCUCCAAGUCAUCAAACGACUAGUAUCUACACAACCAUCCGGAGGGAUAUUCGCGUUCCAAAUGCCCGAUACACUCUCCGAGCCAUCGCACGUGCUCAUGCGGGAAGUUGCAGCCUCUGGGCCAUGGAAGGAGAAAUUAAGCGAUGUAGGGAGGGAAGAGGUGGAAAGUCCGGAGGAGAUUUAUGAUGUGUUGGUGGAGGGCGGUGGGGUGGAGGUGAAGGUGUGGAGGACGGUGUAUUAUCAUGCGUUGAGGGGGCAUGGGGAGAUUGUGGAGUGGGUGAGGGGGACGGGGUUGAGGCCGUAUUUGGAUCGGUUGGGGGGGGAUGAGGAGGGGGAGUUUUUGAGGGUUUAUGAGGAGGGUUUAAGGGGGGAGAGGGGGUAUCAGAGGAGGGCAGAUGGGGGGGUGUUGUUGAGGUAUCCGAGGGUUUUUGGGGUCGUGGUGAAGAAGUGA